AUGAGUACCUUCCUACAGAUCAAUCUCAACUGCUGCAAGGCAGCUCAAGCGCUGGCGUUACAGCAGGCUGCAGAGUCCAACGUUGAUCUCCUCAUCGUCAGCGAGCCCUGCCCAACGAAGGUCGACGCAUGGUACUACGACGCUCACGGUAAAGCGGCUAUAGCAUGCCUCCGUGGUCUCCCAGUGGACAUAGUCGGCCCUACUGAACCAGGGUUCACGUGGAUCCAGGCUGGUACCCUCCGCAUCUAUUCUUGUUAUUGGUCCCCCAGGUCUGACCCCAACCUCGCCCAAUACUCUGCGUUUCUCAGCAACCUUGAGCACAGCAUUAGAAGUCACAGCGGAGACUCUCUUAUUUGUGGAGACUUCAACGCGCACCAUUCCGCCUGGGGCAGCUGCUCCAAUAACAAGAAAGGUGAUGCACUGAUGGACCUCAUCCAGUCCCUAGGCCUCAUUAUAUGCAACACUGGCACGACCCCCACUUUCCAGAGGGCGUCUGGCUCCUCGGUGAUCGACAUCACUCUGGCCUCCCCCCGUGUGGCUUCCAGAAUAUCUAAUUGGUCUGUCUUAGACACGGUGACCUUAAGCGAUCACAGCUACAUCCAGUUCACUCUCUUGUCCGCGCCCAUUAAGCCAGUCAACGCGACAUACUCUCGGAGACUCCACGCACCCGCUCUGGCGUCCUUUCUCUCGACCGGUCAACUACUACACUUCAGCAACAGUACUGACGUGGAUGAAAUGGCUAUCAAUCUGAACUCGGCGCUCUACGCCGUUUGUGGCCUACCCUUGGCAGACAAUAAAGGUAAAAGGAGGAGCGUACACUGGUGGUCCCCGAGCCUAAGCGCGUUGCGCAAGACCGCAAACCAUCUGCGUCGUGUUUUCCAGCGCAAGCGCCGACGCCUUGGUGCUGCCGCCUGCACUGAUGAAGAGCUUGCUGCAAAAUCCGCGAAACUGGCCCUCGUUAAAGCAAUCAGAAACGCCAAAGAUCAAGCCUGGAGACAACUAUGUGACGACGUCGAACGGGACCCAUGGGGAAAGCCCUACAAGAUUGUAAUGGGAAGAAUGAAUGUAAGGACUCCCAUCCCCGGGCUUAAUCUCCCAGGAAGGCUCCCAGCUAUAAUCCAGCACCUCUUUCCGUCACAUCAGAUUAAUCACCUGAACACCUUUUGCCCAUCAUUGUCGACCCCUGCACGGAAGAUCGACCUAGAGGAGCUGAAAUCAGCGUCUGGAUGGGGUGGCAAGGUCGGAGGCAGCCUGCUCGCUCGCAGCAAAUGCCCUAAGGGAAGGACAACCCUGACAGAAAACCCUUCAACCCCCAACUCGUCAUGGGGGUCUCUUGGCACGGAAGUAGGAACGUGUCCACGAGGACCCUGUGGGGCACCUGGCGCCCCCCACAGUAUCUAG